ACGCAAUUUGAUCUUGAGUAUAUAAGGUUCGCUAGUGAUGGAUUGAUGUAUUGUUUCGUUUUCUGACAAUCAUUCAGCAAAUCAACAUGUUCUGUCGUGUACUUACCUUUGCUGCCAUCAUUGGCAUUGCGUUUGCUUCCUUGCCAGUUGCAGUUCAUCAACCAUUGCAUUAUCCAGUUCAUCAUGCUCCUCAACCAUACAAGUUUGGAUACAGCAUCAAAGAUCAUCAUGGUGAACAGCACAGAGAAGAAGUCGGAGAUGGUGCCAGUGGAGUGAAGGGUAGCUAUGGUUUCACAGAUGCUAGAGGUAUUCACAGACAGGUCAACUAUGUUGCUGAUCACGCAGGCUUCAGAGCUCAGGUCAAGACCAACGAACCUGGUACCGCUAACCAGAAUCCUGCAGCUGUCCACGUCAUUUCUGAAGCACCAUAUGGAAACGGAGUUGCUGUAAUUGCUGCUCCUGUGGCUGUGCAUGGUCUGGGACACGGAGGAUAUGGAUAUGGAAGUGCUGGAAUCGGUUAUGGAGCAGGUUUGGGAUAUGGAGCUAAUAGCGGCUUGGGAUACGGCCUCGGAAGCUUGGGUUACGCAAGAUAUGGUUUCUAAAUUAUUAUCCUAUGAAAGAAUGAAUUAGAUUUCUGUGUAUAUACGUUUUCUAUCGAAAUAAACUUUGCAAUUCUUUCA